CUUUCCAGAUUUAUUACAGAUAUACGCAGUUAGGGUAAGACGCAGUUAAGGGGAAGGGAAUUCUUCUUCACUCGCUCAGACUAAUCUCCCUCUCUCUCUAUCACUCGAUCCCUUGUUCACACCCUCUCCAUCUUUGUUCGCAAGUCAACUUCAUCGUCGACAACUAUCCCUCUUAAUCAGAUCCAAAUUUGGACCUGAAAUCAACUGCCCAACUGCUUCUUUCUUCUCUUCUUUGACUUCACUCCAUUUGUUCGUUCAAUUAUCGAGUGGAAGGCUCAUAUGUGUUGUGGGAUUGAUAAUCUGAAGUGGGUUAGGAAUUGCUUUGUUUACUAACUAAGGAUCAAUCUUGUUCGAACUUGGAAGCGUGUCGGCGGUUCCAACAUUAGACCCAUGUCCGGAAGUUGGUUUCCGCUCAUGAUUCGGGUUUUUUCAGGUUGCAAUACUUAUAUGCUGCAUUUUCUUGAAGAUUAAAAGGAAGAGAAAAUGAGGAUACAGCACAAAUGCAAGAAACCAACAUCUUUCAAUUGCAAUGCAGGGAGCAGAUGUACAGCAACUGCUGUGGUUUGGAGCUUGGUUGGAUUUCUGCUUUUCCUUCAUUUAUACUACCUUAUUAUCCCAAGGGAUGGAGUAGGCAGAGAGCUCCAAGUACGAAUGGGGCAUCAUCCAGUCAUCCAUGAACUUGAAGAGGUGGAGGAAGAAAAUGUCCAAAUCCCACCUCCUAGAAAACGAUCCCCGCGAGCUGUGAAGCGAAAACCUAAGAAACCGAACACACUAAUAGAUGAGUUUCUUGAUGAGAAUUCUCAAAUUAGGCACCUAUUCUUUCCUGACAUGAAAACUGCAAUAGAUCCAAUGAAUGGUAAUGGUAAUGAUAGCUUUCAUUACUAUCCUGGUAAAAUUUGGCUCGAUACUGAGGGAAAUCCCAUUCAAGCGCAUGGAGGGGGUAUUCUAUAUGACCACAAGUCAAGGACAUAUUAUUGGUAUGGAGAGUACAAGGAUGGACCCACCUACCACGCUCACAAAAAAGGAGCAGCACGGGUUGACAUCAUAGGAGUUGGUUGCUAUUCCUCCAAGGACUUGUGGACGUGGAAAAAUGAGGGCAUCGUGUUAGCGGCAGAAGAGCAAAAUGAAACCCAUGAUCUCCAUAAAUCUAAUGUGCUUGAGAGGCCAAAAGUGAUUUACAAUCAGAAGACCGCGAAGUAUGUGAUGUGGAUGCAUAUUGAUGAUGUCAACUACACUAAAGCUGCUGUCGGCAUUGCCAUAAGCGAUUACCCAACUGGUCCUUUUGAUUAUCUAUAUAGCAAACGACCACAUGGAUUUGACAGCAGGGAUAUGACUCUAUUCAAAGAUGAUGAUGGUGUAGUGUAUCUCAUUUAUUCGUCUGAGGAUAACAGUGAACUACACAUCGGUCCUCUAACAGAAGAUUAUCUUUACGUUACGGAUGUAGUGAGAAGUAUCCUCGUUGGGCAACACCGGGAAGCCCCGGCACUGUUCAAGCACCAAGGAACAUAUUACAUGAUCACAUCAGGCUGCACUGGAUGGGCGCCAAAUGAAGCACUGGCUCAUGCAGCGGAGUCCAUCAUGGGGCCGUGGGAGACCGUGGGAAACCCAUGCAUUGGUGGAAACAAGAUUUUCCGGCUUACAACAUUCUUUUCGCAGAGUACAUAUGUAAUUCCUUUGCCAGGCCUUCCAGAUUCAUAUAUUUUCAUGGCGGAUAGAUGGAAUCCAGCUGAUUUAAGGAACUCGAGAUAUGUGUGGUUACCAUUGAUUGUCGGUGGACCUGUUGAUCGGCCACUUGACUACAAUUUUGGGUUCCCAUUAUGGUCUAGAGUUUCUAUAUAUUGGCACAGAAAGUGGAGACUCCCUCCCAGGUAUAGUUUGUCAUACUAAUGUUUCCUUUUUUAUUUUUUGCUCUCUGACUCUCUGAGAGUGUAAUAUAUAUUAAGGCUUUUUUCUGAUUGAUUGUUCUCUCCAUGGUUUGAAAGCCUUUAUCUUUCAACUUAACGCUGGUUAGUUUUGCAUCUUGAAUUCAGAGCUGUGCCAGUGAACUUU